CCUGUUCCUCUUCGACUGGCCUGAGCUGGCCCCCUUGGAGGGUGUCGAGACGGAGCUGAGGGGGCAACAAUUAUUUCGAUGACCCGAUGUGGCCUUCGAUCUGCUCGCCUGAUGCUCAGCUCGUACCGAGCAUCCGCUUUGAUAAUGACCUGAAUCCGUCCACUGUUGCAAGCAAGAGCGCGGCUUAUCCCAUACUGAUAGAUUUGACAGUUCCUGACACUACUGAUCAGAUCAACAUGGCAACUCCCAUGAACACGCAGCAGCCAUCCAAGAAUAAAGAAAAGGAGUCGCCACUGAACCGCUCUUCCUCCGAGGAGAUCCAGCAUUUCCCACGGGUUUCAGACGCCGACCUCCUCUGCCCCUUCGACGACAUGCUCGUCUCAACAUCAUCCAGCACCAUGUACCGCAACGACGAGAUGAUACCGUCUUCCGCCACCGCUCGCUCCUGGCCAGACGACGUCGCCUCGGCUUACGCUCCACAGAGUUCCACGAAGAAGAAGAAGAAGCCGCACGCGACGACCCCGGACAUGUUCCUCGAUGAGAUGUCCGAAAACCCACUGGAGAUGUACUUCCCUCAGGUGAAGCAGCCUCAGAUGCACCAUCAGCUUCUUCCUGAAGUGUGCUUUGCAGGCGAUGGGGCUGGUCUGAACAGCUCAGGAUUGGAGUUGGGUUCGAAGGGGAGAGGAUGUUCGGGAGGACUAAUUGAGAGCCCUCUCCCGUCGUCGAUUGCUAAAGCUGCACCGGUGAAGAAUCUUCGGUUCCAGAAGCUUCAGGAAGGCAUGAACCAGUUGGAUGUGGGAACCAAGACGUGCAUAAGAGAUGCCCUGUAUCGACUGGCCAACAAUGUCGAACAGAGGCAUUGUGUCGACCAGAAUGUGGGUUCAUCAGGUGCUGCGAGCAGGCAAGUGAUCAAGACUUCGAGCGUAUGGACCCAGACUCAGGGCAGCCCUAUGGAUCGCUCGGUAGCGCAGCUUCUUCUGCAUAAACCGCUGUACCGGAAGACGACUGGUCGUCAGGCAAACCGCGUCGCUUGAUAGUCUGGUUCUACUGGAAACUGGAAAGUACAUGUAAAUGUGGUCUGAUAUAGGCUUUGGAAGUUUGAGCGCCCAUGAGUGAUCGUCUGAUCAACUUAAUUCCAUGUGUUUAUGGGUAGUACAGCGCCCUUUAUCAGGAAAAAACAUGUGUUUAUUAGUAGUACUACUUAUAUUCUUCCUAAAGCAGGGGCCACGA